AUGCCGCUACGGAGGCCAAAGACUAAAAAACCGGUGGAGAAGCUUGACAAUGCUCCGACCACCCCGACCAAGUCACCCGCUGAUCCAAAUGAAAUCCCCAUCACAAAAGGCUCUUACACUUUUGAUAUCGACAAGUGGGAUGAUCCCAAUUUUAACCCCUUCUCAUCCAGUACAAAAAUGCAGGAAUCGCCCAAACUGCCUCAACAAACGUACAGCUUCGAGCCGGAUAUGUGUGAGGACUCCAUUGACCCUUUCAAGUCUUCUUCUAAGAUAGCCAGCUCGCCUUCCAAAUCUCCAGCUUCCUUUGAGAUACCAGCCAGUGCCAACGAAACGAACGGAACGGAAGGAGACAGCCUGAACAAACCUGCCAAGAAGAAGAAGACGCCAUUAAAAACUGAUACAUUUAGGGUGAAAAAAUCACCAAAAAGAUCCCCACUAUCAGAACCUCCUUCUCAGGAUCCUACUCCCCUGCCAACUCCAGAAACGCCUCCUGUCAUCUCCACGGUGGUUCAUGCCACGGAUGAGGAGAAGCUGGCAUCCUCUGUGACGGGUCAGAAGUGGACCUGCAUGACUGUGGACCUGAACACGGACAAGCAGGACUACCCACAGCCCUCUGACCUGUCCACCUUCGUCAACGAGACCAAGUUCAGCUCUCCCACAGAGGAAUUGGAAUAUGGCAACUCUUAUGAAAUAGAAUAUAUGGAGAAAAUAGGCUCCUCUGUGCCUCAGGAUGAUAGUGCCCCGAAGAAGCAGUCCUUGUACCUGAUGUUUGAUGCACAGCAGGAGAGCCCAGUGAAAUCACCUCCCAUCAGAUUGUCUGACUCCACAUCUCCCUGCUCAGGGUCAAGUUUUGAAGACCCUGAAGCCCAGCAGUCCUCUGGCAUGAAAAUACCACACCCAGCUACCCGAAUUCUAGCUGCCAGCCAAGAGGCACAUUUACAGUCCCCUGACAAGGCCAAGCAGAAGGAUCUGGAGCCCAUGACUCUAGGAACAACUCCAGAGGCUAUCGAAAUCAGAGAACCUGCUAUCCCGGCAGAUGUUUCCAUCUCCAAAAGUGUACUGUACUCCCGCAUCGGCGCCUCAGACGCAGAGAGCACCACGGCUCUGCUCUACCCCCAGCAGGACUUGGACUCUGCACUCCGGCUUGCCAGAGCAGAGAUUGUGGCCAAGGAAAGGGAAGUAUCUGAGUGGAAAGAGAAAUAUGAAGAAAGCAGAAGGGAAGUGAUGGAAAUGAGAAAAAUAGUUUCAGAAUAUGAGAAGACAAUUGCUCAGAUGAUAGAGGAUGAACAGAGAGAGAAAUCUGUCUCCCACCACACUGUUCAGCAGCUCAUAGUGGAGAAGGAGCAAGCUCUGGCUGAUCUGAACUCAGUGGAGAAAUCCCUGGCAGAUCUUUUCAGGAGAUAUGAGAAGAUGAAAGAAGUCCUGGAAGGGUUUCGGAAGAAUGAAGAAGUGUUGAAGAAAUGCGCGCAGGAAUAUUUGUCACGAGUAAAGAAGGAAGAGCAGAGGUAUCAGGCACUCAAAAUUCACGCUGAGGAAAAACUGGACAGAGCCAACGCUGAAAUUGCACAAGUGAGAGGCAAGGCCCAGCAGGAGCAGGCGGCGUACCAGGCCAGCCUUCGGAAGGAGCAGCUCAAAGUGGAUGCCUUGGAGAGAACACUGGAACAAAAGAAUAAAGAGAUAGAAGAAUUAACAAAGAUUUGUGAUGAACUGAUUGCCAAAAUGGGGAAAAGCUAA